AUGGCUACAGUGCUAAUAUGCCGAAGAUUUCCGAGGCUGAGCAGGGUGACCACAUUUUCAACUACAGCCAAGUGCAAGACCAAGAGCGGAAGCAGCGAAAGUAAGCAGGAAAAGGAAGAGAACCCAGAAACAGCCAACACCAGAACCGAAGGUGCGGCUACAAUCCAGUUGCUGAAUCCACUGGACUACAGAGUGUUGUAUAAUCCAUCCGCCUACGCCAAAAGCCGAGCUGCCUCCCCGCAGCACGCUGCUCGGAGCGGCGGCCAGGCUCUCGGUGACACCUUCACCAGCCCUGGCAGCGCACAGGCUCAGCAUACAUUCGGUACCACCACUUCUCAAGGUUUGUCACCCCUCAGAAAUGCCCUGACAAAGCCCAACUCCAAAACGCUCCUUGAGGAGGCCGUCUCAGCACAUCCCUCUGCAGCACAAACCAAGGAGGAAGCAGAAAAGGAAAAAGCAGAGAUGCAUGAUUCCAAGGAAGACCCUCGUGUGUUUCAGAAGGGAAGGCCUGAAUACAGAUCUCUCAGCUAUGACAAGUCGGAGCCGAUAGAGACCCUUCCUUCGGAAGAAGGUGACUCAAUUUUACGCAGCGUGGCCGUAUGUAAGGGCAGCCAGAGCCCGGAAGCUAUCACAGAUUAUUUUCACAAGCUGAGUCGUUUGCCAGCAGAACAUCACAUGGUGGUGUUGUCCGAACCCAGGUUUAAUACGCUGUGUUGCUCGGCUGUCAGAAACAUCAGGUUGUUCAGCACUUCAGACCUCAUCGAGAUUUUAAAGGCUUGCAUUCGUUUGGUUGUUCCACCCUCCCACCCUCUGCUGAACGCGUGCGAGAACGAGUUCUGCCGGCGGGCGUGGGACAUGAACCUGGAGCAGCUGCUGCUGGUGGCCGAUUGCUGGCGCUGUCUGGACCGUGCGGUGCCUUCCUACCUGAGCAUUUUGUUCAGCUACACCAACAUGCACUGGAAAGACCUCACUUUGCCCCAGUUUGUUCAGCUGCUUUAUAUCAUAGGUGAAGGCCGGAGGUCACCCGCGGACUUGAUGCAGAAGAUGGAGAGCAUGAUUCUGAAACACUUGGACUCCUUCACCCUGGAGGAGGUGGGUGCUGUCUGCUUAGGGCUCUUCAAGUCCCUCAGUGGUAUCUCUGACCAUGUCAUGAGAAAAAUCGCAGACAGAGUCGCCCUACAGAUGGAAGACAUGAGCACCUACGCUUUGGUGAAUGUGCUUAAAAUGCUCCGCUACGCUCGCAUGGACCACUUACCCCUCUUGAAGAAGCUUGGGAAGGUUAUUCCCGCUCGCGUUCCUAUGGUAAACAUCCAGGGCAUCAUGCACAUCUCUCUUUCCUGUUCCUCCCUACACUACUUUGACGAAGGCAUCAUGGCUGCUGUAGCCACGGCUUUGCCUUCUAAGGUGACUUACUGCCGAAGCAAAGAUGCCGCCAAGUUCUUGUGGUCGUUUGGAUGCCUGGACUACGAACCUCCCAACGAGGAGGAAUUUUUCUCCAGCCUGAUAGAGCAGAUGCAUAGAAAACUCUAUGAAUUUGGGAAGUUUCCUGAGCAUCUCCUUACUGGUUUGCUUGGCCUGGCAUUUGUCAAACGCUUCCCAGAGGAGCUGAUAGACUAUGCUUUGAGGGGUGAGUUUGUCCAGAAAAUGAGAGGUAGUAAAUACGAGCUCAAAAAGGACCUCUUCACCCUUAGUAGGAGUGUUGAUAUCGAGUGCCCGAGCUACCAGGGCAACCGCCUUCCCCCUCAGCUUUAUGGAGAGUUUACCGAGAUGGCUUUGAAUCACGCAGAGCAGGAAAUCUACGUCAGGCCUGAAAUUGUGGAAGCCACGACUCUUCUCCAGAGCAUGUUGGGUGGCCCCGAGUACGUGAGAAACCACAUGAUCCUGCCUCACACGAGAUCGAGCGAUCUGGAGGUUCAUUUGGCUGCGGAUGGACAUCCCAUCCCUUUCAACGCAAAGGACGCCAUAGGAGAUAAGAAACUAAAAGACAUGGGAGUUAGUCUGACGGAUGAGUUAAUGGCUCAGCUUAUAAAAGGGAGAUCUAACAGCCGCUCUCCUGUGGAAGCGGAAAACGAAGCCAGGACUCCUGGGCAGGGGAGGAGGGAAGGAGCACGAGCACCAGACGCUGGGGAUCGUGCUGCACAUUCAGGUGGAGCUCUUACCACAGGUGCCAGAUUGCAAGUUGAGCCUAAAUUGGGGCGUUAUCCUGAAGUUCCUUCUUCUCUCGCGUUGAAUCAGCGGCCUCGGGGGGUGAAACUGGCCAUUCAGGUGUCCAACCGAAACCACUAUUGCUGCUGGUCCAAGCGGCUCUUGGGGCUGCACUGUUUGAAACGGCGGCAGCUGCGGCACCUGGGGUACGUGGUGGUCGAGCUUCCCUUCUGGGAAUGGUUUCCCCUGCUCAGACGCACGCGGUUGGAGAAACUCAGCUACCUCCAUUACAAAGUGUUCGACCCGGCGCUGCUCGGCAGGGCUGCCUAG